GGCAUUGGACAGGCAAGGAACUCACCUACGUCAGAAUCAGAAAGACUUGCAAUCCAUUCGUCCAGAGUUUCAAAAUCUAAUUUUCACUGCAGUGAUAUCCACAUUACAAGGAACAUAUCAUGCCCUGUCUCGCCGAUUGGUAGCCCUCUUUUACAUCCAAGGUCACCUCAACACCUAAAUGGGAGGAUGUCUCCUUCACCCAUAUCAAGUCCUAUCACCAUGUCUGGCUCAUCAACACCUCUCUCUGGAGGGACUGGUGCUAUCCCAUUUCAUCACCUUAAUCAGUCAGUUUACUUACAGGAGGCAGCACAACUUCCACAGAGUCCUUAUAUGAAUGGGCCUUCGUACUGGGAUCCUGAUGUUUUACGAGGGACACCGUCAGGAUCUCAUGCUUUCCGGGAACUGGCAUCCUCUCAAAAUGAUGCUCUUGGAAAGCAGUUCGGGAGGCCUACGACAGGAGAGCUUUUCGAUGGGCAGUCGGUGCUGGCCAAUCGAGUGUCUCAGCAACUCCUAAGGGAUCAUGUGAAACUGGUUCCUUCACUAGAUCUGAACCCUUGCCCUCCUUUGGAAGGUCGCACAGGUGAAGCAUGAUAUUAUAUUUGUCAGAUACAACAUUCGAGGUUGAAAAAAAAAGAUACAACAUUCACGGGAAACUUCCCAGUUUCAUUGUCUACUGGGUUUUCUUGUAAAUCUGUUUAUCUUUGUAACUUUGAAGGAAGCUGAUUUGUGCAAUAAGGAUCCCGUGGAAGGGUGGGGGUUGGGGACUU